AUGGCACUGCACGCUUUUCUGGUUCUAGUGUUGGCCGCUAUUGGCGUUCUGGUACAUGCACACGGUGCUCUGGUCGUCGACACUGCCCCCGACACUCCCCGUCCAUAUGUGCUGCCGAAUCUCAAGGGCGGGGCGGUCGACUUUGGUGGCUUGAUCAUUCGAACCCUUGUUUCCAAUUCCACCUCUGCCGGCGCUUUGUCAGUCCUGGGCGCCAACUCUGGUCCCAGCGGUCUCAGCAUCAUCCACUCACACAAGCAAGUCGAAACAUUCUACACCAUCAAAGGCAGUGUGCAAGUUUUCCACAAUACCAACCAGGGUCGUGAGCUUCGAGCCAACGAUUUCGUACUUCUCGCACCUGGCAGCAACCACACCUACCGUUUCAAUGAUCCCGAUUGCCAGCUCACCUUGUGCCUGGCUCCUGGCGGCGUGGAAGGCCUCUUCACAGCUGUCGGCAGCCCAUACAACUCGUCCGCGCCUUUCAACCCGGAAGACAAGCCGCAGUUGAACGUCACCGAGGUUUUGGAACUUUUUCCCAAAUAUGGCAUCACCCCUGCGCCUUACAAUACCAUCGAUUUGGAUUGGACCAACGGAACCACCCGCGAUGGCUUGGGCACCUGGCAUGUUGCUGAUCAGCCCUUACCAAAUGACGCCGCCACACCAUAUUUCAUCUCCAGCAACCUAGGACCCAAAUAUCUGCACCGAAGCACCGGUCAAGUGAUUGGUUUGUUGGCAUCCGGUACACAGACCAAUAACAAACUCACUGUCGCGACGGUUGCUAUGAAGCCUGGUUCACAGCCUGCCGCCGUCACCUUCGAUGUUCACCAAGCGCUUCAGGUAACCGAAGGUCAGCUUCACCUCGAAAUGAACCAUGAGACUGUGACCAUGACCUUUGGCGAUUUGGCGUUCAUUCCUAAGGGCACUUUCUUCAGUUACUGGUCCACGGUCGGCUUUACCAAGUUUGUGACCUGGUCUGCAGGGCCGGGACUGGCUGACAGUCUGAUCAAGGAGGCAGAGCAAUGGAAUCAUGCGGUCUGGCCGGCAUGA